CGCACAAAGACCCAUAGGCGGAAGUGGUGCCAGGGGUCUGGCGGUGUGAAGACCUUCCGGGGAGGUGGCGGCCGCGGUGGCCGGCGCAGGAGCAGGACAGGAGGCAGAGGAGGCUGAGCCAGCAAAGGAAAGGCAGGACCUGACAGUGGAAACCAGCAAAGACAAGGUUGCAGGCCUUGAAUGUGGCAAAGCAAAAACAAUGGACCUCAAGUUCAACAACUCCAGGAAGUAUGUCUCCAUCACUGUGCCCUCCAAAACCCAGACAAUGUCACCACACAUCAAGUCAGUUGAUGACAUUGUGGUGCUGGGCAUGAACCUCAGCAAGUUUAACAAGCUCACACAGUUUUUCAUAUGUGUUGCUGGAGUUUUUGUGUUUUACCUAAUUUAUGGAUACUUACAGGAGUUGAUAUUUUCAAUGGAAGGCUUUAAGCCCUAUGGCUGGUACCUUACUUUAAUGCAAUUUGCAUUUUACUCCAUAUUUGGCCUAAUAGAACUUCAGCUCAUUCAGGACAAAAGGAGAAGAAUACCAGGAAAAACCUACAUGAUAAUAGCUUUUCUAACUGUGGGUACUAUGGGCUUAUCAAACACUUCCUUGGGCUACCUGAAUUACCCCACCCAAGUCAUCUUCAAGUGCUGCAAACUGAUUCCUGUUAUGCUAGGAGGAGUUUUUAUUCAAGGAAAGCGGUACAACCUUGCAGAUGUGUCUGCAGCAGUGUGCAUGAGCCUUGGCCUGAUCUGGUUUACCCUGGCUGACAGUACAAUUGCACCAAACUUUAACCUGACAGGUGUGAUGCUUAUCUCCCUAGCCCUGUGUGCAGAUGCCGUCAUUGGGAAUGUUCAGGAGAAAGCUAUGAAACUGCACAAUGCUUCCAACUCUGAGAUGGUUUUGUAUUCCUACUCCAUCGGUUUUGUGUACAUCUUGUUGGGACUGUCGUGCACCAGUGGGCUGGGCCCUGCAGUGGCAUUUUGUUCAAAGAACCCUGUUCGUACCUAUGGCUACGCCUUCCUCUUUUCCCUCACUGGAUACUUUGGGAUCUCCUUCGUUCUAGCCCUGAUUAAAAUCUUUGGUGCUCUGCUUGCUGUGACAGUGACAACAGGAAGAAAAGCAAUGACCAUAGUCCUUUCAUUUAUAUUCUUUGCCAAACCAUUCACAUUUCAGUAUGUAUGGUCUGGCUUGCUAGUUGUCCUUGGCAUAUUUCUCAAUGUUUACAGCAAAAAUAUGGAUAAAGUAAGAUUGCCAUCAGUGUACAAUCUGAUGAACAAAGCCAUGGACAUGAAAAAGUCAAGGACGUUGGCAGAGACUGUGUAGGCACUGAGGUUGCCUAUUUAAAAUGGAACUCUAAGGGGACAAUCAUUAAUCAGUCCACUUUCCAAAGGCUUGUGAUCAAAACCAAAGGAUCUGAAGGCUGCUGUUGUGUGAGCAGCAGUUUGUGGAGUCAGCCUCUGCAGAACACUUGCUUGACCAGCUCCGAAACAGUCAAGAGCCACACCUAGGACUUGGUUCAGUCCAGUCGGUAUGAAGGAAGAAAGCACUUCCUAGCAGUGUCCUGAACAUUUCACUGGAAAUGGACCGUGUUGCAAGACUGAUUGGAAAUCCUUCCCACAUGCAGCGCGGUGCUGUGUAGUAGCACACUGUUUCGUCUCCGUUCCGUUUUGGUGGUGUUAUUUAAAUUGCUUCUCUGUUAUAAGAGUGAACCGAUGAUUUAAAGUCUAGAGAAAAUAGAAUUCAUUUAUAAAUAAAAUUAUCCUGUGAUUUUUUUUUAAAUGAUGUUUUAAUAAAAUUUGUUACUGAAGGAAA